GAAUAUCCUGUCCCCCCCCCCUCUCCCCUCCCUUUUUCAGAGAGCAUGGCUCAGGAGACCAAUCAGACGCAAGUGCCAAUGCUUUGCACUAUGGGCUGUGGUUUCUAUGGUAAUCCCCGCACCAACGGCAUGUGCUCAGUCUGCUACAAGGAACACCUGCAGAGACAACAGGGCGUGGGCCGUUCCAGCCCCCCAGGUGAGAAAGGCUCGGUUGCUUCAUCGCCAGUGGGGUCCCUGGGAGCAGCUGGUGUGUCGGUGAAGCGCCAGACAGCGGAACCCAGCGCGGAAGGGGUCACUCUGCCCGAGGAAAGGACAUCCAGUCCCAGCUCCCCCAGCCCAGUAACCCAGCAAAUGACAGCCAUGAGUAUCUCCCAGGAUACUGGAGCCACUGACUCAGACCAGGCUAAUGGGGAAGAGGAGGGGACAUCCAAAAACACAGAGCCAGUGGGUGAGGCAGCCCAGACCUUGUCUGAUGGUGAUCAGACCCCUGACAAAAAUAAGAAGAACCGAUGCUUCACUUGCCGGAAGAAAGUGGGCCUCACGGGCUUCGCUUGUCGCUGUGGUAACCUGUUCUGCGCCAUUCACCGCUACUCUGACAAACAUGACUGUCCUUACGACUAUCGAGGUGCUGCCGCAGCACGCAUACGCAAGGAGAACCCUAUCGUGGUGGCUGAGAAGAUCCAGAAGCUAUGAGGACUGAGUAGAAAGGUUGAUAGUUACCUUGACUACUCGAACUACCCCAGCAUUUAAAAAGGUGAGCAAUUUGAAUGUUACCAACAGGGUUAUCAAGCUAUUUUUUAUCAAUGGAAUUGACCAAACAAGAUUUCUUUAAAAUAAACCUGUAUUUAUAUAGGCAAGCCAGUUAAGAACAAAUUCUCAUUUACAAUGAUGGCCAAACCCAGAUGACACUGGGCUAAUUGUGCGCCGCCCUAUGGGACUCCCAAUCAUGGCCGGUUGUGAUAUAGUCUGGAAUGGAACCAGGGUGUCUAGUGAUGCCUCUAGCACUGAGAUGCAGUGCCUUAGAUGUGCUGCGCCACUUAGGAGCCCCUGUUGGAUCAUUGCAAUUGUAUGUAAAUGAAUCAACUUAACCAGCUCAGAAUCAGCGCUUGAUGUUAUGAAAACAUCCACUACAAUUUCAAUCUGUUAUACUUUAACCUCUACAGGAUCGGUGUCUCCCCGUUGGGAAAUGUCCUUGUUACUUAUGCUCAAGACAGACAUUUCUUAUAUGGACAGAGAGCUUCAAUUCUUGUUAAUCUAACUGCACUGUCCAACUUAUCAGUAGCUAUUACAGUGAAAAAAGACCAUGCUAUUGUUUGAGGAGAGUGCAAAACAAAACUUAUCACAGCAACUGAUUUGAUACAUUCACCUCUGAAGGUAAAUAAUGUACUUACAUUCAGUAAUCUUCCUCUUUGUCAUCCUGAGGGUCCCAAAGAGAAAAUAGCUUAGUUUUGUUUGCUCAAAACAAUUUUUAUAUUAAAAUGUAGGAACUGGGUUCUACAGUUUGAACCCUAAAGUGUUUCCAUUCAAAUGGUAUCAAGAAUAUGCAUAUCCUUGCUUCAGGUCCUGAGCUACCCAAAUCUAACUGCCUGUAUGUCAUUUUAGGCUAAAGGGUCCGACCCUUUUAACAAUGUCAUUAAGCUUGUUUGUAGCACAACAUAAUCAUUGUCUGCAUUUUGAGGCCAUUACUACAAAGCAUUUGAUCCAUGAUGAUGAGUGACCAAAUCUGGCAAUAUUUCUCUGUCACUGCAGAACUGAUUUAUUAUAACUGACAGUGAAGUACUUUACUCAUUUCACUGAUGUAUGAGAAAUGAUAGCGUGGACAAUAAUUGUGUUCCAGAAUGUUCAAAGUAGUAGAUCUGUCCUGCAGGAAAUUGCAGAAGUGCAGUCAAGUCCUUUGGCUCAGAAACACCACCAGAUAUUUUUUGUUUUUAAAAUGUAGGACUGUAUGAGUAAGUAUAAAAAAUAAAAGUUUAUUUUAAAUUGA